GGGAGAGUGAGGAUGAUUGUGUUCUGCUUACAGGCUGAUCCAUGCAUCUGUUAGAUUCAAGUGUUUCAUUGGAGAAAGUGGAAUUAAAAUGAUGUUUCAGAUAAGACAAUACUUUACUGUCCUUCUUCUUGUUGGAGCAGUGAAGUCACAGGUCAACCCAGCUGUAUGUAGGUACCCACUGGGUAUGACAGGUGGACAAAUUCAAGAUGAAGACAUCUCUGCUUCCAGCCAAUGGUCAGAAUCCACUGCAGCUAGAUAUGGCAGAUUAGACUUUGAUGAUGGAGACGGGGCGUGGUGUCCAAAUGAAAUGGGUGAACCAGACAGACUUAAGCAAUUCUUGCAGAUUGAUCUUCGCACACUGCAUUUUUUGACUCUUGCUGGCACGCAGGGACGCCAUGCGGAUGGAGUGGGCAAUGAAUUUGCCCAGCGUUACAAGAUCAAGUACAGCCGUGAUGGCACCCGCUGGGUCUCCUGGCGUGAUCGACAUGGUCAACAGAUAAUUGAGGGGAACAAGAAUGCUUAUGAUGUCGUGCUAAAGGACUUGGAACCUCCCAUUAUUGCCCGUUAUGUGCGUUUUAUGCCCAUCACUGAGCCAUUUAUGACUGUGUGCAUGAGGGUGGAGCUCUAUGGCUGUGAAUGGCUAGAUGGUCUUGUGUCCUACAGCGCCCCUGCUGGUCAGCAGAUGACUAUCAAAGGGCACCAAAUCUACCUAAAUGACACUGUGUAUGAUGGAGCCAUUAGUCACAGCAGCAUGACAGAAGGCCUAGGACAGCUUACUGAUGGAAGUUGCGGUUUGGAUGACUUCAAUAAAAGUCACAUGUAUCAUGUCUGGCCUGGCUAUGACUAUGUGGGCUGGACUAAUGCUAGUCACCCUGGUGGCUCACUGGAGAUGACAUUCGAGUUUGAUCGGGUCAGAAACUUCACAUCCAUGAAGGUCCACUGCAACAACAUGUACACAUGGGGGGUAAGAAUCUUCCAGCAGGCUGUUUGUUACUUUCGUUCAGAGUCAGACUGGGAGCCCAAUCCUGUGUCUUUUAAACCAAAACCAGACAACAUCAGUCCAAGUGCUCGGUUUGUCACGGUUGCCCUUGGCAACCGCAUGGCCAGUGCAAUUAAAUGCCAGUUUGCAUUCAAUGACAUCUGGAUGAUGUUCAGUGAAAUUGCUUUCCAGUCAGACACAGCAGUGUAUAAUACCUCUCUUGUUCCUCGUAAACGUUAUCAAACUCCAGGUGUUCACCCAGGGGAAGACCCAACCCACAAAAUCGAUGACAGUAACACUCGGAUCCUGAUAGGCUGUUUGGUGGCCAUUAUUGUCAUUCUGUUGGCCAUUAUAAUUAUCAUAAUGUGGCGACAGGUCUGGCAGAAAAUGAUUGAGAAGGCCUCACGAAGGAUACUGGAUGAUGAGAGGGUCCGUCUCUCGGUACAGAGAGAUGCUUUCAGUCACAGCCAUUCCUCUCUGUCCAGUGAUACCGAAUCCAACUCCACAUAUGAGCGGAUUUUUCCCCUGGGCUCUGACUAUCAGGAGCCUUCACAACUUUUACGAAAAAUUCCAGAGUUCCAGGCUACAGAAAACCUUGCAAUUACCGAUGCCCCUUCAGAACCCCCUACAGCAAACCCCACCGAUGAAAUCCCACACUACGCAGAAACAGACAUAGUAAGUCAGGUGAAAGUUGCUGGUUUCCACAGUUACCGCAUGCCCGUUGUCAACAUGCCGUUGUCUCCUGGAAGAGAUGUAGCUCUGGAAGAGUUUCCAAGAGAGAGGCUGACUUUCAAAGAGAAGCUUGGAGAAGGACAAUUUGGAGAAGUUCAUCUGUGUGAAGCUGAGGGUAUGCAAGAAUUCAUGAAAGACCAUUGUGGUGACAUCAUCGAUGAGCCAAUGCUCGUAGCAGUCAAGACCCUAAGAGAAGACGCAAACAAAAACGCAAGGAAUGACUUUUUGAAAGAGAUUAGGAUAAUGUCACGGUUAAGAGAUCCAAACAUUAUCCGGCUGCUGGCAGUGUGCGUUGAGAGUGACCCGCUGUGCAUGAUUACGGAGUACAUGGAGAAUGGAGACCUCAAUCAGUUCCUGUCCCACCAUGAGCUACAGAAGGAAGGUGUUAAUGCGGCUGACACAGUCACCAUCAGCUACAGUAACCUGAUCAACAUGGCCUCUCAGAUUGCCUCUGGAAUGCAGUAUCUUUCAUCCCUGGAUUUUGUUCACCGUGAUCUUGCUACUCGCAACUGUUUAGUGGGCACAAACAAUACCAUCAAAAUCGCAGACUUUGGCAUGAGCAGGAACUUGUAUCGUGGGGAUUAUUACCGCAUUCAGGGACGAGCUGUCCUGCCCAUCCGCUGGAUGUCCUGGGAGAGCAUCCUUCUGGGUAAGUUCACCAUCGCUAGUGAUGUGUGGGCAUUCGGUGUGACCUUGUGGGAGAUCCUUACCCUAUGCAAAGAGCAGCCAUAUGCUCAGUUCACAGAUGAACAGGUGAUCGAAAACACAGGCGAGUUUUUCAGAGACCAAAGCAAACAGGUCUAUCUUCCGAAGCCUGCUUGUUGUCCUGAUUCAGUCUACGGCCUGAUGCUUAAUUGCUGGAAAAGAAACGCUAAGGAAAGACCCACAUUUCUAGAGAUCCACAACACUCUGAUGGAAGACCAUGACUAACUUCAUGCUGGUUUUCAGAGUAACACCCCCAUACAUGUACAUACAACCCCUGAAUGAUGUAAAUAUGUGUGCUGGUGUCGAGAUUAUAAUAUCAACACCUUACUCCAUAAAGAUUAGUAUAUAGAUAAAAAACAUGAUUUUGACAUGGAUAUGUAUUUGAAAAUAUGCAGAAUCUUUUGUAACAUUAAAAAUACUGUAUCUUGUUUAUUUUUAUUGAAAUUACAGUUGUAAAGAAAUCACACAC